AUGACAUACGCAUUUCAUGAACGAGCCCUACUCAUCACAUUACAGGUCCGCUGUGAUCGAAAAGAUCCUUGUGGGAACUGCCAGGAUGCAGAGAUUCCAUGUGAGCGCCAACGAGCAGCAAAGCGUCGAUGCACAGGCAAACCUCGUCGGGAAAUUUCGAGUCCCGGUCCCUCUCGGAUUGCUGAAAUUCAAAGUAUCCCAAAUGAGUUCGAUGAAUUGGUGACACCAAACGAGAUGGUGCCCUUUGUACCAAUUUCUCGGGCGAAGUAUCAACCCAAUGUGUUGAUGGCGCCCACUCAAAUCCUAUAUGAUCCAGUUUAUGAUGCUCAGUCGACUAUUCAGCGUCAAUUGCGCCAGUUACCAGGACUGACGCUGGACAGACGCAGUGUGUUGGAGACUGCUCUGUCUGUCAUGAAUUUAUUAUCCGACAACACCCGGAUCAUACAAGAAACUCAGAGUGGCAAUCAGGGCGCAGGAUCGCCACGAAUUCCGCCGACUGAAUUCCUUGCCUGGAUGUUAAAAGAUAUUCCGACCGACAGAUUUGGGCCCUUUGUCGCAGACUAUUUCAGGCACCUUUCAACAGGCACUUUGAAGCGCAUGGGACUUGCACUCCUUCGCAAGAAAGCAUCACCCCAUGAGUCAAUCAUUUACACGGUGUGCGUCAACGCCGUUGCCUACAAGUUCCUCACAACCGUCAUCAGCCUCGAAGACGAUCCCGACCUCGCUCUGGAGCUUCGGAAAAACGCUACAGAGUAUCGAGCAGCCGCUCAAACGGCAUUAAAGCAGAUCCCACUCCUCAUUCCGCCUUCACUUGGGCUACUACAGGCAGUUCUAUGUGGAGUAAGCUACCUCAAUCCCUCAUUCCUUCACUGUCCUCAACUAACUGUCCAGGUAUUCCUCCAUCAGGGAUCCGGUGAUGUCGGACUGAGCGGCGAUCUCACCAAAGCCGCCUGCAAAACCUGCACAGAUCUAGAUCUUCCGGGGACUGUCUUACGGGGACACGCGACCGAGGAGGAACUUUUCUGCUUCCUGUGGUGUUACACCUUGGACAGAAAUCAUGCUUACAAAGUCCGCACUUCACGAUGUCUGCUCGAUGUUCAUCUUCCAGCCACAUUCGCAGAUCUAUACCCUACUUUCCCCAAUAUUGCCGAACUGCUUUUGAUCUACCUGGAUCUAGCUCGAGUUCAGGAUACAGUGGUAUCAUAUCUUCCUGACUCGACCGCACACCAUGCUUUGUCUCUAUAUGAGACCGGCGAAUACAUGCUUGUGCAAAUGCAAUACAUCCAGCAACGUUUGAACCAACUCGACACAUUAUCAUCAGAGUGGAAAGGCCUCGAUCGCCAAACAGAAAUGUCAGCCCUAAGAUUCGCCUACCAAUCCGUAAUGACCGGUAUCCUGUACCUCCUCCAAACAGACUCCGAUCAACCCCCUCGCUCAACAGACGGAUAUCUCCAAUCAGCACGCCAGGAGCUCUCAGCCUUAGUCUCAAUGUGUCACACAGCAGAAAAGCAAACAGCCGUCGCCUUCUUGAAUUGGACAAUCCUCCUAUACCCCGCAACAGCAUACCUAGUCCUCUUCUGCAACGUCGUGGCAACAUCCGAUAUCGGCGAUUUCAACCUCAUGAAAUCCAUUGCUGACUGUCUAUCCCAGUCAGGCAUCAGUUACCCUCUUGUGCAACUGCGCACUCUAUUCCAGAACUUUCUGGGUCUGUCACAGGGUUUCUUUGGUGAUGAACGCAAUAUGCAACUCCUGGCUGAACCGGAUACCUCGUACCCGGUUAACCCAUUUAUGAUAUGGGAUAACACCGAAUUUUCAUUUGAUGAAAGCUUCUCUGGCAUGCUGGGCAUGUCGGAGACUGAGCUUUUGUUGCCAUAUGGGGAUUUGCUUUGA